UCCAUUGGGGGUGAUCAGACUGGAAUAUUCGAGCUGAAGCCGGUUCACACCCGUUGUUCUGGAGACUACGGAGGAGAUAAGCAAAGAAAACAACGCAGAACUUUCUUACGCAAGCGUGACACCAAACUCAUGGUCGGUCUCCUUAGAAGAGUGUGAAACUCUUGUGUAACGUAGUUGCCCACCAUUUUACCGGGAAUUUGUCUGUCCUGUCAUAAUUGGUCGGUCGUUUAGAAAGAAUACGCAGUUUUAUACAGGAAAAAGCGGAACAGAACUAUAUGUAAGUUAAAGUAUUAUAGUUUGUGAGGCAGUAAACGCUUACUGCAGCGUUAGCAUAACCGGCUAAUUUACAGAAAUCAGCUGACGUGCUGUUGCGUCAGCUGUAUCCCCCAAUAUUUGAGUGUUUUUGUGUCAGUUUUGUAUUUUAUAUGGAAACUAAUAUAGUAUAAAUUGUAAACAUUUGCUGAAUAUUUAAAGUACGUUACUCUGGGUCACCACUGCUGUCAGUGGCAUUAGCAUUAGCUUGUGCGCAGAUCUGUAUUUGUAUUUAACAUUUACAUUAAUUCUACUCUGAAUAUUUCUGCACGUCUCCAUUAAACUCCAUGCAUUAAAUGCUGGUUAGCUGUGUCUAAAUCGACUGUUCUUGCCUCGUGGUCUUGAACCAGCAGUCUGCGUUAAGUGUCAGAAAGAGCGAGAAUCAGACAUGAUGAAGACCAUCCCUCAUUCACUCUUCCUCUUCGGCCCUUAACAUACAGUCUGGAAGCUUUAAAGUGCCAGGUAUCACAACGGCCAUAGAGGAGAGGGAAAGGAGGGAGUUGAGCUCUUCCUCUGCACAACCUUCAUCAUCACCCUCAUCUUCCUCCUCUCCAUCUGCAAUGGACAUUGUCCUGGGUGUUUCCUUCUAGGUGGUGAAUAAGGAAUCAGAUUAUUGUUUCUCUUGGAAAUUGGGAGUCAGAGAGUGGGUACAUUGAAUGAUGAAACUGUAUUAGCAGUGUGCUGUGACAACACAACAUCUAACCCACUUUAGGUGGAAAGAGCAUAUACAGAUUUAUAAGUCAUUAUUUUUCUUUGCUGUGCAUUCGUGCUAAACCUAUGUUGCAAUUAUAGAAUACAUGCGUCCAAAGAAUGACCCACAUUUCUCUGUCACAUCCACACAAGCCGCACACACAAACACUUAUGCCUUUGGCAACUGUAUGACUCAUGCUGUGCUCAAAAGACAUGAUGGUUUGGUGAGGAGGAACACAAACGGGCAGAGGCAAAAUGUAUGUUUAGGUACGAGGCAAUGAUAAGGAGUGUGGAAAAGCAGAGCUUAGAUCAGAAAGCAUGGAAGCUUGUGGAUUAAGCCAGUGAGUCUCCUAAUGUGGGUGGGAGGGGGAAAAGAGAGAUUGUUGGGUAUUGUGUUUCAGAGAGGAGAGAGAUCGGGCCUUAUUCUGUCAUAUGCUGUUAGCGGCAACAGAAAGAGUGAGAGAGAGAGAUGCAAGAGAAUAAGGACCCGCAGCCCAAAUCUGCCAGCAGCCUUGGAAAGGGCGGCAGGGCGGGUCCGGGUCGUGAUUCCGCACACCCGGCCCCUAAUACGGCUGAUUAAGCCUGAGAGGGAUAAGGCCGACCGGAGAUGGCAGUGCGAGAGAGUGUUACGGACAGCUGUCCGACACCUGCUCAUCCUGCCCUGAAGGCCUUUAUGUGCGGCUCUCUCAGUGGCACCUGCUCCACUCUGCUGUUCCAGCCGCUAGAUCUGGUGAAGACAAGACUGCAGACCCUGCACAAUAACAUGCUCCCGGGAGCUCCUAAAGUGGGGAUGAUUACAGUCUUUUUCAACGUAAUACGCACAGAGAAGCUGCUUGGCCUCUGGAAGGGGGUUUCACCGUCGUUUAUGCGCUGUAUCCCUGGUGUAGGGAUCUACUUCAGCACAUUUUACUCGCUGAAGCAGCAUUUCUUCCAGGAUGGCUCUCCAGGUGCUGGGGAGGCAGUGUUUCUAGGGGCUGGGGCUCGUUGCGUGGCAGGCAUUACCAUGCUUCCCAUCACAGUCAUUAAAACUCGUUUUGAGAGUGGACGAUAUAACUACAUUAGUGUGGCUGGAGCUCUUAAAAGUGUGUGUCAGAACGAGGGUCCGAGGGCUCUUUACUCUGGGCUCACAGCAACUCUGCUCAGAGACGCCCCAUUCUCUGGCAUAUAUGUCAUGUUCUAUAGCCAGGCCAAAAAGGCUUUACCACAAGAGAUUAGCUCGUCAUCCUUUGUCCCACUGGUUAAUUUUGGGUGUGGUGUAGUAGCUGGUAUUUUGGCCUCUCUGGCCACUCAGCCAGCAGAUGUGGUAAAAACCCACAUGCAAGUGAGCCCAGCCCUGUAUUGCAAGACCAGCGAUGCCAUACGCUUUGUUUAUGCUGAGCAUGGCUUCAGCGGGUUCUUUCGGGGAGCGGUUCCUCGUUCGCUCAGGAGAACCCUCAUGGCUGCCAUGGCCUGGACUGUGUAUGAGCAGUUGAUGGCACGCAUGGGUCUGAAGUCCUAAAGCCGCCCUACACACUUUAUCUGUUGACUUUCAUACUGUGUGUGUCAGUUACAGAUAAUGUCUUUGCAGAUAAUGGCAGAAAGAUGCUAUUCUGUCAGCCUUUAAGGGUUUGACAAAAACGACAGCAGCUAGAACUGGCUAUGGUACAGGAGACAGAUAGGUUGUAUGUGUGUGAGAGUGUCUGUGUUUGUUUGUGUUUUCAAGUGCAGUGAGUUUUUCCCUGUGACACCUCUGAGAGUGACAUUUCCAACUUGCCACAGUGUGUGUCUGUCAGCUUAAGGCUGUUGAUGCCUGGAUAUUCAGACAGGGGAUCUACAAUCAAAAAUAACAGUGAGAUCCAGACAGCCAAACCAUGUACUGUCAGCUCACCCAAAACACUCCUUUCAAAAGAAGAAAAUCCUCAUUUUGGCAAACAACCAGUGAAUUUAGAAGGGCAGAUAUUGAAGUGCCCACCUUUGCUUUGUUGGGUUAGAAAUGGGUAACCCAACAAAGCCUCUUGACUCCUGUUUCUGAGAUAGUUCUUGAGCUUAGUUCUCUCAGCCAAAAUCCUUUUUAGUAUAGGAUGAGGCUUAACAGGUGUUCAGGGUACUGGCUUUACUGAGCUGACAUAAUUCUCCAGCGUUCAGACAAUCAGACUGAAUUACUCCAGGGCUGAGGAACUGAACUGACACCACAUGACCAUCUUACUGACAGACUCGGCUUUCGAAUUAUAUUAAUGCAUCUUUAUGCAAUGAUUUGUACUAUGCUACUGAUCUCUUAUAUUAUAUCAUGUUAGGAGAGACUGGAAAGGUUUAUCAGUGCAUAUUAGGGCAUUCCAAUACACUGGAUUUCUUUGUUUUCUUUCACUUUUUCUCAAAAUGAAACUGCAGUUUCCUGGGCACAGACAAAGCCAGGACUUGAUUUAAAUUCAAUUUUUUUAAGAGGAAGACCAGGAAAAAAAAAGCUUAAUAUUAUAACCAAAACAUAGGAACUGGUUUUUAUAGUUCCAGAGAAAGCAUGAUUUUUGUAUGGGAAAGGAGUCAGAACUACAAUACUUUAUUUAUUAUAUUUGCAAGUUCUCAUUUUGAUUGGCAUUGUUUUUAUAAUUUUUAAGUCAUGAUGGUUGCUUCAGGUGCUCAUUGUGAACACAUCAGUGUAAUGGUAAUACUAUAUCCGCCAUAAACCUUUUCUCAGUCUCUUCAGCAUUCUGUGCUUUGCCUGCUAAUACUUUUCACACUUAGUGUUUGGGGUGUGACUUCAGCCAUGCACAAAUGAACCUUGAGAGUUCAUAUUUGCACUAGAAUUUGUUUUUAUUGAGUUGGGGGAACCAUUAUCAUCAAAUGUCCAUGAGGCUAACAAUAAUAAAAUAGUAAAUUAAGAUUAAAGGAAUAUUCCGGGUUCAAUACAAGUUGAGCUCAAUCGAUUGCAUUUGUGACAUAAUGUAGAUUACCACAAAAAAUAAUUUUGACUCGUCCCUCCUUUGGGAAAAAAAAGAACGAACAAAAUAGCAAAAUGAGGCACUUACAAUGGAAGUUAAUGGGGCCAAUUUUUGGAGGGUUUAAAGGCAGAAAUAUGAAGCUAAUUUUAUAAAAGCACUUGCAUUAAUUCUUCUGUUAGAAUUGGGUAUUAUUUGAGCUGUAAAGUUGCUUAACCCCUUCCCACGCAGGGAUCGCAGUUGGCCUCAUGCUCUGUAUUGUUUACAUUAACUGCAUGUUGUUACCAUACAAUUAAUAUUUAAUUGUGACAAACUGUACAUCUUUAAAAAAAAAGUCUAAUUCUCCAGUUUUGAUUCUUAGCCACUGUUUCACAAUAGAAAUCUUACUGCAAGAAUAAUUUUUUAAUUAAUUUCAAAUUAUCAAAACAUCAAGCGUGAGUUAUAAAAAUAAACUCCCAUUGAUUUGUCCCAAGCAGGCUUCAGUGAACAUCAUUCAAUAAAACAUCUCAUCCUAAAGUGUGCACAUUUACAGAAAUAUUGAUGGAUUCUCAUACUUUUACUUUAUAAAGAAUUAUUCUUCAUGGCCAUUUUCUACUAAGUUAUGCUAUUUGAAGCACAGUAAUUCUCUCGUGUUGAGCUCCAUUCCCCCAAGAAGCUAGAAGACGCACAUGUUCUCACUUUUCAUUAUAAAUGUGGUCAUCGAAGAAGAAAGUUAUGACAUGCCUACCUCAGUGCCCACAUGACAGGGACUUCCAAUACUAGACCAUAUUAGGAUAUUAUCCUUAUAAACUCAGUAUAAAGCAUAAAACUAAUUAUUUUAGUGAUGAACUACAGCCAAUGUGUUUUGAGUGUCCUUUUUUUUUUAUAAGGCUUGUUCUCAAAACAAGGGGGCACAAGUGCAACAGGUUAAAUUGGCAUUUUUACUGUCGUUUUAGGGUUCACAAGGUUACGUUGUCGUGGCAAUUAAAUUGCAAAAUUUGAUAUAACUUUACACAAAAAGGGUUAGUAAGCGAUUAUAUUACACUAAAAUCAUGUUAACAUGCAUAUUGUUUACAUCUUGUGGCUAUACUUUUUAAGUGAGUAUUUUAACCUUUUCCAGAUUGGCCCCAUUCACUUCCAUUGUAACUGCCUCCAGAUUUUUGCCUUUUUUUAAAGAAAAGCAGGGACAAGUCGAAAUUAUUUUUUGUGUUAAUCAACAACAUGCCACAAAUACAGUUAACUGAGCUUAACUUUUAUUGAACCCGGAAUAUUCCUUUUAAUCCUUACUGGAAGUGCUCAAGUCAUAAUUUCAUACAUUCAGCAGAAUUCACUCCAGUAAUUUAAUGCAGUUUUAAAUGUUUAAAUUGUUAACAUUUGGUUGGUGUAUGCCUUCGACACUGCGAGCUUAUAUACUGCAGAAUGCAGUUUAAUGCCCAUAUAUUAUAAACUAAAGUGUUGAGGGGAAAAUGGAGCCAAAUGAUCUACUAGUUUAUGUGUUUUGAGGUGGAUUUGUACGUUUUGAUCACACUGCAUACUACAUAGAUCCACAAGUCAUAGUUUGUGAAAGCACUUUAAAUUCUGUGACGUUAACUCCAUGAAACCUGAAGCUGGUUGGUAUGUGUGUGUUGGUCAAAUAUGUUAUGGAUCCACAUUGCUGUGUGUAUGUAAGCCAUUGUGCUUUGUGCAGUACUGUGAAGAUAUUAUUUUGCCUUCAUGCAAUCAGUAUUGUCUCUUCAGCAUUUAUUUUCUUAUUGACUUGAUUGUUGAUAUUUUGUCAGUUUGUGGGUGUACUGUAUUUGCACAUGCAAAUGUUGUGCCUAUGUUAAUAUGUGAAUAAAUCUGCCCCAUUUUAUAAAGGGGU